AACCUAUCAUUGCAAAAGAGCCCAUACGAUACGAUGUGUGUAUAAGACAGUGGAGACCCCCGGAUUGACGCAGAAAAAAAAAGAAAACGAAAAGGAAAUCAUCCCUUGAAGCCUCCUCCUCAUCUUCGUCUUCCUCGUGCGCCGAUUGAAUUCGCUUCGCGCAACAAACCAAAUCCCAAGAACAGAGUCGCACGCAGACAUCUCAUCGUCGUCAUCCAUCAAUCUUCACAUAGGAGAGGGAGAGAGGGAGAGAGAGAGAGAGAGAGAUAGCAAAGGUGCAGAUAGGGAGGAAAAAACUGACUUUUUUUCGCAUUUAAAUCCCUUGUUCCCGUGCUCUCUAAUCCUGCACCCCUACCCCUUCCUCUCGCCGGCGGCGCCCAGAUCGCGACUACGCCCGCGCCCCCAUCCUCGCCGAUCGCCCGCCCUCUGGCGAGGGACGCCCCAGCCCCAGCGUACGGUCCUUGGGGCGCCGCGGUUUCCGGCGGUUCCAGCAUCGCCUCAAGUCGCCUCCUUUCGCAGUACCUUGACGCCUCCGGCUAAGGUAUAAGAAGCGGUUCUUGACAUCUUGUGCGCGGGCGUUGGGCUCCGACGCCCAUGGUCGACAUCGACGAUUGCUCGCCGGCGCCCGAGCCCGAGCCCGAGCCCAUAUCGUCACACCCGGACCCCAACUCGAUUUCCCCGGACGCUUGGCGGCGCUUCGAGAGCGCCGCGGAUGCGGUGGUGCGCAAGAUCCAGCCCACUGUCUCCUCCGAGCGCCUCCGCGCCGCCGUCAUCGACUACGUUCAGCGCCUCUUCAGGUUCAGCGUCGGGUGUCAGGUAUUUCCAUUUGGAUCUGUGCCAUUGAAAACCUAUCUUCCUGAUGGAGAUAUCGACUUGACCGCAUUUGGCCCUGCUAGUUCUGAUGAGAACCUAGCAAAUGAAAUACGUGGGAUUCUAGAAUCAGAAGAGAAGAGGAAAGAUGCUGAAUUUGAAGUCAAGGAUGUCCAGUAUAUCAAUGCUGAGGUCAAGCUGGUGAAAUGCCUGGUGCAAAAUAUUGUUGUAGACAUCUCAUUCAAUCAGAUUGGUGGACUCUGUACACUUAGUUUUCUUGAGAAGGUUGAUCAAAUAUUUGGAAAAAAUCACCUCUUCAAGAGAAGCAUAAUUCUUAUCAAAGACUGGUGUUAUUAUGAAAGCCGCAUUCUUGGUGCUCACCAUGGUUUAAUUUCUACCUAUGCCUUGGAGACAUUAGUGCUAUACAUUUUCCAUCUCUUCCAGAAGUCUUUGGAUGGUCCAUUAGCUGUUCUCUAUAGGUUUCUGGACUAUUAUAGCAAAUUUGACUGGGAUAAUAAGGGAAUCAGCUUAUUUGGUCCUGUUUCCUUAUCUUCACUGCCUGAACUAGUUACUGACCCACCAGAUACUCGUGAUGACGGCUUUCUUCCGCGGGAGGAGCUCCUCAAAGAAUUUGCAGAAAUGUUUAGUGUUCCCCCUAGAAACUCUGAGACAAAUGCUAGAGUAUUCUCUCGAAAAUUUCUCAAUAUAGUUGAUCCACUAAAGCAGAGUAACAAUCUCGGGCGCAGUGUCAGCAAAGGAAACUUUUAUCGAAUACGCAGUGCAUUUGAUUUUGGUGCCCGGGAGCUUGGGAAGAUUCUUCAAGUGCCUGCCACUUCUACUGUCAAUGAAGUGAAUCAGUUUUUCAGAAACACAUUAAAGAGAAAUCGCACUGGGUUAAGGCCAGAUGUUUUAGUAAGCUCUUCUGAUGGUUUGAUAACUGAUCAUGUUACCAGUGACUCUAUGUCACUGGACUUUAAUGUGGAAAGAGUGAACAUGGGCUGUUCACCUUUAUCAUACAGUAAUCACUGUGGUGAUUUGUCUAAUCAGUUUAAUAACAUCAGCAUUUCAUGUUCCAAUAUUCAUGGCACGAUAAAGCAAAAAGAACGUAACUCUAUGGCUGCACAGAAGGAGAUAAAGUUUGUUUCUGGUGGGUUGCCUGAUAGUGAUUCCACAAAUCACACAACUACAAAUUCAGUGAGUAUGAGGAAUGAUGGUGACUUAUGUGAAGCUUCACCAACAACUAUUGAAACCUGUACCUUGCCAUCUGGGAGAGGUAACCGUGCCCCACAUUUCUUUUACCAAUCAGAAAAUGGUAAGAAAGUUGAUCUUAAAGAUGAUACAAAUCCAUCACACUGUGGGGUGUCAACAAAGCGGUUUGCAGGCAGAUCUCCCCACUCGUUUGAAGUCGCUAAGCAUCACAAUGAUUUUCCAAAUUCACAGCCUGGAGUUACCGCCAAUGACAUCGUAUCAGAUCUCACUGGAGAUUUCAGUACAAAUUACAAUAAUCUUCUGUACGCGCAACAAUGUCAGCAUGAGAAUCCAACAAAUCAAGUUUACUAUCAAAUGCUGCGCUCACCACCUGCUCAAUAUCAGAACACGCGGUCAUCAAAUGGUCAUGGCAGAAGCAAUGCAUAUGGAUAUGCUGGUACAAAUGGCGUAGUCCCUGGUCCUCCUUAUUCACCUGGCUAUUUUGUGUUCAGGCCAUUUUAUCAAACAGAUGAUCCUACAGCUAUGAGGGCUCGUGGUCGUGGAACAGGCACCUAUUUUCCUGACCCAAAUUUGCGCAAGGAUAGGCCAUCCAGUGGACGUGGGGAAAGAGGAAGGAAUCAUUUCCCACCGAAUAGUUACCAAAAGUUUCACAACCAUGUCAGAAGGGAUAUGCCUGCAGAUACAAGACCUUUGGAUGAAUUGACCCAAGAGCUGCCAUUGCAGAUAUAUGUUCCCGGUGCAUAUGAUCAUGGAAUACCCUCUCCAUUAAUGAUACCAGUGCCAUCUCCAUCUCCCCAGUCUCCAAGGGAUACAUUGAAGGUACCAACACAUUCUCCGUCUUCACAGGUUGCAAGGGAUAUUUUUCAUGGCAAUGGUUUUAUGCAUCCGCAAGACAGUAAACUUGGGUUUGGGACCUUGGGGAUAUUACCUUUGGAAGCUACCUCCAAAGACCAUGCUAGCAGAUCAGAUUCAUCUUCCAACAAUCAAGCUUCUGGACCUGUGAGCCCCUUGUCUGCAGCAAAAAACCCUGAAGUUGGUUCUAACCGGUUGAGGAAUGGCCAAACAUACCAUCUCAAGGACAAUGGUGACUUCCCACCACUAUCCAGUUGAUGAUUCACUGUGUAUGAGAGGUGGCACAGGCCAAUAGAAAAUACUGAUAAAUGGUGUGCACUCAGUGCUGAAAUAGCGCCGAGUUGCUCUGCAAUGAAGUAGCAGCAUUAUGUACAUCCUAACAUUGCCUCCUCGUUCUCCAGUAUUCAGACUCACCAUGCCGCUGCAAUGCAGCCUGUGCUUCUAGAACUCAAAAUUUUUACCCCAUUCCCCUACACAAUUUAGAAGAACAAGAAAAAGAAGGGAGAAGGAAAGGAACAAAAAAAAGAAAGAAUGCCGAGACUUGAUGCCUUGUAGAUACUUUUGGGGAAAAAGAUCCUCUUGUUUCCUUUUUUUUACAGAUAAUGGCGGCCCCCUUGAGAGGGGGAAAACAGGUGAUGUGGAACUAGUUCAACUCAGGGAACUGCUAGAGAGCUCUCCUAGUGUAAUGACGGAUAGUGUUGUAGCCACAGCUUGUGUUUGCAUAGAGGCCUUGUGUUGAAGGGCCCCAUGUUUGAAGUAACUUCAGCUGCUUGAAGAUAUGGUAGGCAUAGUGAAUAUCUGUUAGGUUUAUACUCUGAAUAGAAUUAUUUCGGCUGUGCUCAGUGAAAAUGUGGCUUCCUUUCUCUU